AUGUCAUCCUCGAUUCUAAGCAGCCGGCCUCGAACCGAGCGCCGGUCGUCGAGGGUGCCGGGCGGGUUCGAGCCAGAAGAGGAGGACGACGUGGCAUCCUCAGGGAGCGACCAUGAUGAUUCGCCCGUCCGAGAGCACGAUUCCUCUUCCUUUCUGGCCGGUCCCAGAGACCCCAGUAGUCUCCUGCAGCCCAUCGACGAAAGCACAAAUCUCGAAUUGCCUGCGAACCUGACACUGAACGAGAGCGAGAUGAAUAAAAUGUUAUUGGAUGUUGAGUCGAGCUUCAUACCCGAACAGUCCGGCCUGGUGGAAAAGGACUCGUCAACCACUGGCGCAGACGACACGCACUUGUUCGGCGUUGUCAACGACAAUGUCGCGGUGCGCAGGAAACCGCACCCUAUUCAGAUUUCCUACCCGUCCGAGGACACAGAAAACCAUGCAGCUGGAAGACUCUCCCAAUCACCUCGUACACCGCCCGGCGCUUACAAGACACCUGCACCGGAACGACGCGAGCUCCGACACACUAUCGAAAGCGACGGUUCAACUCGCCAGAUACCAAGCACAUCCGUGCUGGAAAGCAUGUCCUCCUCCCCAACUGCCGCUGCCGCUGCCCGAACCCUUUCCCGAGUUCAGUCACUGGCCACCAUGGGCGGAUACGAGACGGCCAAUGAGUCAGAGGACCAAAUGAUGCCCGAGAGGCGGUCUCGGAGUGCACAAGACGAUGCUGAAGCUACCCCACGAAAGAAUGAAAAUCGAUAUCUGGGCUUGCCAAACAGCGCUGACGGACAACAAGAAGGUUCAGAGAGCGCAUCCAAACAAGGGACAAGGCGACCAGGAUACCUACACAAGAGAUCUUCUCAAGCACGCCUGUCCUACGAUUCCAUGGCCAGUUCCAAUACUGACGCUAGCGAUGCCACGGUAGGGGCGGACUUUGCGCUGCAAUCAGGAGGGGCACUGCCCGAUUCGAGCGCGCAGCGGAAAGCUAGGGCUGUGAUUUCCAGACAAGCAAGCCUUGGAAGCAUGAUGUCUGGGAUAUCAGGUAUCAGCGACGAUGAACCUCGAAGACAGGCUGGUGCUACUGACUUGACAACAUUGGCGGAAGAGAGCCCCAACUCUAACAAGGCUGCCGGAUACUCUACGCCGCGCGCCUCGGUCUUCAACUUCAACAUGCCUACCGACGCAGUCAUUUCUAACAACGCCAGAGAUCUGGAAGUCCCAGGUACUUUCGCUCGUCAGUAUCGGCAAGAGCGAAGCAUGUCCCCGGAAAAGAGCAACACGAUCAUAGGCAUGACACCAGGCCCCAAGCGAGGCCUGACCCUAAAAGAGCACAGAAGCACUGUGGAAAAGCUGGGCAAAGAGAACUUCGACUUGAAAAUGAAGAUCCAUUUUUUGGACCAAGCACUGCAGAAGAGAUCCGAGGAUGGUAUCAAAGAGAUGAUCACAGAAAAUGUACAACUAAAGUCCGACCGAUUGAGGUUGGAAAAGGAUAAUCAUAAUUUACGGAAGCAGGUUCGAGACCUACAAAAGAAGCUCGAAGAGACGGGUACCCGCGACUCGCCGACUGCUGAUCAAGGAUAUGCCACCGACGAGGAAAGGAGUCCCACCGCUGAGGAAGAAGUCAUCUAUCUCCGAGAAAGGGUCGAAAUUAGUGAGAUAGAGAUAGACAAACUCCGCCAAGAGAAUCUGGCAAAGGAGACUGAGAAGCGAAAGCUUGCCGAAAUGGUCAAGAGCUUGGGCGAUACUCGCGCCGCAGCUUCCGAUGUCGGUUCAAGGGAAGAGCGUGAUAUGUGGAAAGAUAUGCUCGAGGCAGAGACCAUUGCGCGUGAGCAGUCGGAAGAGGAGAACAAAAGGCUUCGGGAAGAGGUUGCGAAGCUAAGAAGUGAGACGUUCGUGUCUGCAAAGUCCAACUCGCGCAAGAUCAAGAUCGGAGGCUCGGUUGUUUCGAGGUCUAGUAGUGUCGAAGCAGCAAAUGCCAAAGACGCAGAGAUUGAGAGACUCAGACAUGAGGUUUCGGAACUGCAGAAGAUGAUUGGCGCGCAAGCUUCCACCCUGACAUCUCGGAACAAGGAAAAAGAGCGGCUGUACCAGGAAAUCGAAGAUUUGAAACUCGGCCGGAUGGGCGGUCUUCGGUCUGUGGCUGGUGACAGUAUUCUCGACCGGUCGGCGUCCAGAGCAAGGUCCCAUUCCCGGGCAAGCAAUGGAACGAGGUUGUCUCGGAUGAGCGACCAAGAGCGCGAGGUUCUCGAGACCAGGAUCAAUGAGCUUCGCGAUGAAGUGUCCCAGUUGAAACUCGAAAACCAGAACCUUCAGAAUCAAUUUGACGAAGCACUUGCAGAGCUUGAUGCUGUGGAUGCCCAGGCGCAAGCAGACGCGGAUCAAUUCAAUGAAGAGCUCCAUUUGUUGACUCAAGAGCGCGACAAUGCCCUGCGCGACGCCGAGGAACAAGAUCAAGCCUUUCAACAGCUGAAGAGUGAGGCCCAGGAGGAAAUCGACGGCCUGGGAGACGAGCUUGAUGCCAAGGCAGAGGAAUGUGCCAAACUCGAAGGCGAACUGAAAGCCCAGGUGGAGAAUGUCAAGGCGUUGCAGGCCGAGAUGCGAUCUGCUGCGGAAGGCCUCGUCCGCCUCGAGGAAGAUGCACAGCAAAAUCUGGCACGGUACCAGUCAGUCAAAGCAGAGCUUGAUGACGCCAAUCGUGAGCUUGAGAAUCUGGAAAAGACUCUCGGCGAGGCUGAAAGUAAAGUGCAAAGAUUGACGGUGCAACAGGAGAGCAGUCAUAAUGAGAUUGCAUUCCUACGCGAGGAGCAAGACGCCGACAAGAUCAAGAUUGGCGAUCUAGAGUCGCUGCUCAAGAAGGUACACCUUAACUUGGAAUCCGAAAGGGACAAGAGUAGGGAACUCGAACGGCGGAUCAAUGAAGAGCGUGCUCAACGAGAUGCAGUUGCCAGCCAAGAGAAGCAAGAGGUCCAGAGAGUCAUCAACGAUCUCAAUCGGGAAGCUUCUGGGGCAAAGGAUGAACUCCGAAAAGUCCGCAAGGCACUAUCGGCUCGUGACAUUGAAGCCAAAUCGUACCAGGAGCGACUGUCCGAGUUGGAGGAGAGUCUACGAAACAUCAUUGGAGACCCGAACAGCUCUAGAUCGAGCUUGAUCAGUGCAGUCACCAAGAUGCGCCGCGAAUUGGAUCAGACAACCGUUGAGCUUGAGUCUGUCCGAAGACGACUGGAUCAGACGGAAAAUCUGCUUGCUGAUCGUGACGCGUUGCUGGAGUCGACGAGCCAUGAAUGCCGAAAAUUGGCAGAUGCCUAUGAGCGUGAGAAGGCAGGCCGACGACAAGACAAGGUCGACUUUGAGAAGACCAACAAGGGUCAUAACUCGACCACGAGGGCGCUCACAUCUGCAUCCACCAGGAUUACCGAGCUAGAAGGACUUCGUCAGAAUGACAGGAAGCGGAUGGCACAGAUGGAAACCCAACUCAAAGAUCAACUGUCGGAGAGAAACCAGGUGUUGCUAAACCUCUGGAAGAGGCUAUCUGCCAUGUGUGGGCCAGAUUGGGCUCACAACAAUAGUUUGAUCAAUGGCAACCUCCCUUCUCAAGAGGUGAUUGGAAACAUGCUCUUCUGGCCAGGCUUCAGCCGGAAUUUGCUGUUGGCUGCAAAGCAGGUCGAGGGCACUCUAUCCACUUUCAAAGAAAAGAUCAAACGCGUCGAACGCGAGCUAUAUAAGGAAUACCAGGCACUGGAGCAAACCCUCGAAGUACGGACCCGGAAGCUGGAACGUAUCGAAGAGAGUUGGGAGCAGAUGAAGAUCAAGAUGUCGGAAAUGGAAAGUCGCAUAGACACCGGAGCUCGAACGCCGAAAUCCAGCAGGACUCCUGAGAUCAGCAAACUGAAGGGUGAGAAUCGGUUACUAAAGGCCGAGCUCCAGCUCCUCCAACAGCAACAGGCACAUCACAAUCUACACCACCGGCGAGACAGGAACGAGAGCCGGGCAUCUGGAUAUUCGAGUAUCAUGUCAAAUGAGGGACCCGGUCAGGUUGACGGGGCAGCGAAUGGCGGUGUUGGAGUUCCAGCCCGAUCGUCAAGCAUGAGGCGCACUCGGACUAUGGAGCUGCACCGACAUCAUUCCACCGGGAUUGUGGAGCAUCUCGCCAGCAUGGGCGGCGACGUGACCUCUUUGCGCUCUAAUUCCAUCUCUAGCCGUCACUCAGGAUAUACCCAGGGCGGCGAACGCGACCGUGGUGGCCUGAUGAUUCCGGCGGGGCCCUUCAACGCCCCAGCCGACGGAAAGUUCUCCCUGCCACCACCUCCACGAGAGGCCCCUCCUGCACCACCAAGCACCGCGUCAGGCUCGGACAUAGCGAGUAUUACCGCGGUAAGUGUGGGCGGCGGUCAGGGUCAGGAGAAAUGGAUCCAUCGCCUCCGAGAAUUGGAGAGGAGGUUGAAAGCCGAGCGGGAGGCCAGGCUCCUGGAUCGAAGUGGCGCGAGGAGAAGACUGGAAGAAAGAGACGCGGUGAAUGAAGAACUGCGACGCGAAUUGGAGCGAGAAAGGGUCAGGAAGGUCAGCGCCGACGCCGGUUUCGAUGUAGGCCAUGCGAUCUCGCCGCCUCCCCUGACAUUACCGCCGCCACCCCCUGGCGCCGACUCUGAGCACAUGCAAGAAGCGGCGUUCGGUGCGCACGGGCCAGCGCACGGUAUUGGAGGAGCGAGGAAGCGCUAG